AUGGCGGGUGUAGUUUUGGAAACUCUCAAUUCUAAAAAGCUCAUCGCGUUCGGAAUCGGACUCCUGCUUGCCCAAACUGCCUUCUUUCUCAUUGGUGGGCUCAUUGCGCCUGCUCCAAUGACUACGGAACAAAUUUUAAUGUCAAAAUGCAUCGACAGGGAAACAACGCCUGGUAAUCAAGAUAAGUGGCUGUACUUGCGACCAGCUGAAAACGCCAGCUGCAAGAAGUUUCUUCCUGACUCCUAUCUAUCCGAUGAAAUGCCGCCCGAUGUUACGGCUGACCGAAUAGUCUUUGUCGCUCAAUUUCCGCAUCAACGCGACGGAUACGACCUAAAGAUGACUCGUUGGUUCCAGCAACUUUUAGCAGUUAUGAUGUUAGAUAUUAAAUAUCAUCAGAAGUCGCAGAUGAAGGACGAUGCCCUCCUUACAUUUGACAUUCGUCUCGGCUACCGAAAUCGCGAUGACGCUAGCGACGACUGGAAGGAAAUUGCUCACUCUCGUGAGACACGUCCCCUCUCCUGUAAAGCUGACGCCGCGGCUACGAAGCAGGCCAGUGAGUCAGACUCCAUAGAGGAUGGAUACUACUAUGAUUGCGAGGUCUUACCACUGUUUAGUCUGGGAAGUUGCCAUCAUGACUAUUAUCUGGUCAAUGUGCGGAUACCUGUGGACUUGAAGGCCAAUAUCAACACUGGCAUUGGUAUGCUUCAAGAUGUCUGGAUGGUUGAAAUCCACCAGAACGGUGGAUUUACAAAGGUUUGGUUCGCUCUGAAAACCUUCUUCUUCCCUCUCGCCCUGGCUGCCCUCGUAUUUUUCUGGAGACGAGUGGUCGAACUCCAACGUCCGCCUAGUCUGAUGGAGCGAACCAUUUUCGCACUCGGAAUUAUGCUGUCUCUCUUCAACUUCCCUAUCGAAUGGCUUUCUCUGAGGUUACUUCCUAAAGAAGUCGAAUGCAAUACCUUUUUAAUGCUCUAUUUUUCUAUAUUACGGGAGUUUUCCUUAUGCCUUUGCCGGCACAAUAUACAAAAGUGA